AUGGUUCUUAUUGAAAUUCCAAAAGAAUACGGAUACGUGAUUAUCUCCGGUGUCGCUUCGAUAUUCUUAACAACAUAUCUUGGUUUUCAAGUAGGAAGUGCUCGUAGAAAAGCGGGUGUCCCAUAUCCUAACCUGUACGCUAGCAAAGAGGAGGCAGAAAAGGAUCGAAACAAACUUGUUUUCAAUUGUUAUCAAAGGGCUCAUCAAAGCACUUUUGAACAUUACCCUCAAUUCCUUUUAACUCUUAUGAUUGGUGGUUUAAAACAUCCUGUCCUCUCUGCUGUGGGUGGUGGUAUUUGGGUAUUGGGUCGAUUGGUUUUCGCAUGGGGCUAUCAAACCGGCGAUCCUGCGAAAAGAACUCGAGGAACCUUUGCGUAUAUUGGCAGUAUCGUAUUGUUGGGUACUAGCAUUUCUACCGCCGUUAGUUUGUUAACACAAUAA